UUGGUCCGUGGGGAGAGGCAACUGUUAUGGAAGUGGUUGUCUCUUGAAUUUACUUCACUGUAUUUUUACUCACCCCAAGUGGAAUAACGUCGGAAUUUACUGCUUAGUUAAGGAUAUAACUAGAAACUGAGCGAAGCGCCUGGCAUGAAAUAGAAAGGACUCUCUGGAAAAAGCUAGCGCGUUAUUUAUUUUCUCUUGACCGCUUCAUGUUUGUGGACAGCGCGGCAAAACAUACGCAGUUGUCUACUUGUGCAGGUUAAAAUUGGCUUUCUUAUCGGAAAGUUUGCGGUAGUUACUGUAAGUUAAGUUUUAAGAAGCUCACACAGUGCUUGUGUCGUUUAUUUUUUUCGGAGUUCAAAUAUAGCCUAGCCGACGCUCAGUCAAAACAAGCAGUUAUAUCUGCAUGUAAAUAUAUGGAUUGUAGUAUAUGGCCCUCGUUUGCAAUUGCAAAAUGCAAUGGGACUAACUGAGGCCUUUCGACCGUCAGAAUAUCUUUGCUUCACUUUCAAGCCUGAUGACCAGGUCUGGCAAGGACAGUCAAAAAUGUGAACUGGUGAUUGAUACUCUACCAGAUUAGUUGUGCACCAGUAGCAAUGGAGCGGAGCAAACGCAACUCCAUUGCUGGCUUCCCCUUGCGGCCAGAUCGGCUGGAGGACCCGGAUUGUGGAGGAGGAGGAGCGGAAACCGGUCCAGCACCGCUGGACAGGGUGUGUCCCUCAUCUUACCGGGCCCUCAUCAGUGCCUUUUCUUGCCUGACCCGACUCGAUGACUUCAUCUGCGAGCGGAUUGGCUCUGGGUUUUUUUCAGAGGUCUACAAGGUGCGUCACAGAGCUUCGGACCAGGUAAUGGCUCUAAAGAUGAACACGCUGAGCAGUAAUCGUGCCAACAUGCUGCGAGAAGUUCAACUCAUGAACAGACUAUCUCACCCCAACAUACUCAGAUUUAUGGGGGUGUGUGUACAGGAAGGUCAACUUCAUGCUCUCACAGAGUAUAUUAACGGUGGCAACUUGGAGCAGCUGCUGGACAGCAAUAAGUACCUGAGCUGGGCCACACGGGUCAAACUGGCUUUAGAGAUCGCCAUGGGCCUCAGUUACCUACACUCCAAGGGCAUUUUUCACAGAGAUCUCACCUCCAAGAACUGCCUGAUCAAGUCUGAUGAGAACGGCUACACUGCGAUCGUCGGAGAUUUCGGCCUUGCUGAGAAAAUCCCCAGUCAUGAUUUUGAGGGGGAGAAGCUGUCUGUGGUGGGAUCCCCAUUCUGGAUGGCUCCAGAAGUGUUGAGAGACGAGCCGUAUAACGAGAAGGCUGAUGUCUUUUCGUAUGGCAUUAUUUUGUGUGAGAUCAUUGCAAGGAUACAGGCUGAUCCCGACUACCUACCACGCACUGAAAACUUUGGCCUGGAUUACCAUGCCUUCCAGCACAUGGUUGGAGAUUGUCCCCCAGACUUCCUGCAGCUUGCUUUCAACUGUUGCAAUAUGGAUCCAAAGCUCAGGCCCUCGUUCCCAGAUAUAGCAAAGAGGCUGGAAGAAAUCCAGAAAAAGCUGAAAGCUGAUGACGCUGAGAGGGAGAGGAUGCUACUAACCGCCGGGGAGGUGGAGAAAAAGCCCUUGCCUAAAGGUCCAGGUGAAAAGGGCAUAAAGAGGUUAAAUCCUCUUGUUUUUCAGGAUGACAAGAUUCCACCCAAGUCCCCCCGUCCACGUCGCAACAUCUGGCUUUCCCGUAGCCAGUCCGACAUUUUCUCCCGUAAGCCCGUCCGCAAAGUCAACGUCCAGGACCCUUAUUAUAACCCAGGACCUAGGGGGUUCAUACACGGGCAACCGAAAGUCAACCCCUUCAAUGCCAGAGAAGAUUUAAAAGGUGGCAAGAUUAAGUUUUACGACAUGCCCAGCAAGUCUGUCUUCUCGCUCAUGUUUGAUUUGCACUCGCCACACGGGAGUCAAAGCUCGUACCAGCCUCACCCCAACAUCAGCACGGGAGCCCCAUCCUGGCCGGAGACCUGGCAGUUGCCCGGUCGGCAAUGCCGCUCGCUCCCGGUCUCUCCCCAGCUGCCCCACUCAGAUGUCUUUUUCUCAUCUCACCUCACGUCCAAGAGCGAGGCCGGACAGCCUGGCGGUGACAGCAAGCAAAAAGCAUUGAGCAGCUGGGCUAAGAAAUACGUCGUUACCGAAAUCCCUCCUUACAAGCCGCGAGUCGAAAGACAGGAGGAAGCGUCAGAGGACUGGUCAACUCUGGUACCUUCUGAAGGAGGAGAAGCGGAGGCGAUGGAUUGCUCCAGCAGCAGAGGAAGCCCUGCGGACGAUAAGGACACAAUCCUCAGCCAGAUACAGAACGGAAGCCUCGGCAGCUUAUGCGAGGACAUGGAGGCUGAAGACCAGGAUGCAUUGAUGAUCUCCAACAAGAACUCGCUCACGCUGAGCAUGUCUGUGGAGCCACAGGAACUCUGUCCGAUUGUCCUCACAGCCUGCAAAGACUCGUCUUCAGGAGAACGCAUCUCCAGAUGCGAUAUCUAGAUGGUUGAGGACGCUUCAAGUUUGAACUGAUCAGAUGCCAUGCGAACAGAGAUUAUAUUCAUUAAAUAUUUAAUAUGAUUAUAAGUUGUAUAUAUUGUCUCUUUGGAGGGAAGUAAACCCUUGUAACUUAAGCUAAAAGGGCGGUGUGGAUUGAACAAAACAGCAGGAAAGGGGUGUCAAACACUGAUCCGGUCCAUGCGGUAGUAGUUACCCGUCACACUAUGAAGAUCUCCAACAGAGGGAGACACAAUGGACAUCACCUCAAACAGGGCUAAUGAUGAGACACAUUCUGUGAUAUUUUUUUUCUUUAUAAUACAUGCUAUUGGUUGCACAUACCACAGAUGCUGUUUUUUUUUUUUUUUUCUGAAGUUGUCCACAAACUAUCCGAUGCUUAUUACUAUGUUUGAAUUUUUUUCAGUAGUUAUCAAAGAACAAAUCUCUUUGGAGAGGUUUCCGAGUGUCUUUUUUUUGCACUGCAUGGGCCUAGAAAAUGAGCAGCAAACAUUCCAUGUUGUCUCGCAUCUUAAAAAGCUCUUGUUUUGAUCCUACGCUAACGGUGUGUGCCAUGGUAAUUUCAAAACGAGGAUCAUUUUCACUCUUUGACCUCUCAGGUCUUCAAAAAAAAAAAAGUCCAU